AUGGUUGUGGAUUUGGCCAGGCAAUCGUCCAGCUUUGCUUUGCCCCACCUCGAAAUGGAGGAGGGAUUCCUUGGACGUCGAUCUCGAAGCAAAGUCGCCUUCCUAGGAUCCGCCGAGGAGCCCUUGGCAGGGUGCAUCCGCAACAUGACGGAGCUGGCGGAUGCCGUUGCCUCCCGGCUUGGCCGGGAAGCAGGCUUCCAGCCACUGCCGGGGCUGCAACAGCUCCUCCUGCGGGAGCCGCUGGCUCGGGGCGAACGAAGCACACUCAGCCCCGGGCCGCUCUCGGAGGAGGAGGUAGAGCGGGGCCUCGUGGAACAAUACUUGGGCUUCCUGCAGACAUGCCGCCUUUCCGUCCUAUACGUGCUCGAGGCAGAGAAGGGCUGCUUGGAGUUGUACUCCCAGGGCUCCAAAACUGCACUGAAGGUGCCAGUGGCAGCAGAUACUUUGGUGCUCUUCCGCAGCGACGAGCUGUCCUAUGCAUAUGUCCAGUCAGGCCGCGAUGUCGCACUGCAGGGCUGGGUUCUGUCAUCACAGGACCAGGUUGCUCUUCAGGGCCUGGAUGGCGACUUCGAAGGCUUGCAAGAGGUUUUUGGAGGGCCACGGAUUCAAGGUCAAAUCAUGCCCGUUGGCGAACAGGUGAGCAUCAUGACUGCUGCAUGCAUGAUUCCUGGGCAAGUGGACGGCCUGGACCAGAACUACAUAAUGUACAGCGCCCAGACAGACACUUUCUUGGAGAUUCCCUUCAUGAGAUGGGAUAUCAACUUGUACUACACUUCGAAUCCUGAAGAGAGUCCAGUUCCCAAGUCGUACACGAAGCAUGCCGGGCUCCUCUCAGAUAACGAAAUCACAGGCUUCGACAACGACUUCUUCGACAUCCCAACGAAGCAUGCCUCCUCCUACCCUCCGGCCAUCCGCCUCUGCCUGGAGAAGGUUUUCGAGUCGCUUUUGGCCCGUGGCUACACGCGGGAGUCCCUCCGUGGUCGAAAUCUGCCGCUGUGGGUUGCUGACAUUGGUCACGAGUUUGAUCCCUUCUUCAGGUUUAUGGAGGAUCCGGACACCUGGGCUACUGCGAGGCAGUUGGGUAUGCCAUCAGCAGGACUGAUAGCAUACCAUCUCAACACCACGGGGCCAGCUACAUGUGUUGACACGGCCUGUUCGUCGUCUUUGGUGAGCUCCAACUUGCUCUACAACUACAUGCGCAAACGACCGGAUCCUACGGUGACAGAAGCUGUCACCUCCUCCAUGAUGACCUGCCUGGCGGCGCUAACCUUCGUGGGCCUGAGUGGCGCGGGAAUGUUGGGGAGGACCGGACGCUGCAAAUCCUUCGACAACUCAGCCAACGGCUAUGCUCGUGGCGAAGGCAUCGUCUCCCAGGUCUGGAAGGUAGCUGAGGACGCCAAAGAUGUGGAAGAUCGGCUGGGCGUCUUCGUCACAGGUUUCGUGAACCAGGAUGGUCGCAGCGCCAGCCUCACGGCACCCAAUGGCCCCUCGCAGCAGCUGUGCGUGCGCUCCUCGCUCCGUCUGGGAGGUCUGCUGCCGGCUGAGAUAGUCUGCACCGAAAAUCAUGGCACUGGCACAGCCCUGGGUGAUCCGAUCGAGGUGGGCUCAGUGCGCGCCGUCUUUUGGAAGGGCCGUGAUGCGCCUGUUGUGGUAACUACGGGGAAAUCCCACCAGGGCCACUCCGAGGCCUCCGCGGGGCUCUCAGGAAUCAUGAAAACGGUGAACACGAUCCGCCACUGGACGGCUCCCUCGCAGUGCCAUCUCCAGCUGCUCAAUGCGCACAUCGACGACGGCGGCUUUCCGGGUCUCUUCCCGGUGGAGUGCUGCAACCUGAAUGGCGACGAGCGUGGCAUUAUCGGCGGGCUGAACUCCUUCGGCUUUGGUGGCACCAACUCGCGCGGCGAGAUUUGGGCCAUGAGCCGUGCUGUGGCGCGGCGCCGCGGGGAGGAGGCGCUCAGCGGCGUGCAGACGAGCGAGGCCCAGGCCCGGAUCGCGGUGUCAGUGCCGUGUUCGGUCUGCCAAAAGCCUAUGUGCUUCCUGUGCGGACGUGCCUUGCAUGGAAGUCCCAACCAUCGCUGUGCUGACAUUCGCGCGAAAGUAGCCUCCUACGACACAUGCAGCGACUGCUACACGGGCACCUUCCACUAUCAAGGAGCAUUGACGUGA